AUGUCUACCCCCAUAGUUGACUCCCACGUCCACCUCUUCCCGGCAUCACACCUCCCAACCCUCGCCUGGUACCGUCCCGGCAACCCCAUCGGUGCACAGCACAGCGUUGAUGAAUACCGCCACGCGAGCUCGUCGGUGUCUACUGAUGCGUCAACCCAUGAUCCAAAAUACCUGCGCGGGUUUAUUUUCGUGGAGGUGGAUCGCAUCUCGUCGGUAGCGGAGCAUGAUCCACCCGGAUGGACUCAUGCCCUGGAUGAGGUGUCGCUCCUCACGCGGAUUGCGCGGGGUGAGCCGAUCCCCGGAGAAGGACACCAGCCAGCACACCACAGUCUCUGCCUGGGGAUUGUGACGUGGGCCCCUGUUCCCGGCGGACCAAAGGUAUUGAGCGCGUACAUGGAUAAGGUGAAGGAGAGGACGAAGACGGAGGAUGUGUGGCGCAGGGUGUGCGGGGUGCGGUAUCUGACGCAAAACAGACCGGCUGGCACUAUGCUCGCUCCCGCCUUUGUGGAGGGUUUACGUUGGCUGGGCACGAAAGGCCUGGCCUUUGAGCUGGGCGUGAAUGCGCGACUGGGCGGGCUGGGACAGCUGCGAGAGUCGGUGGAGAUGAUGCAAAGGGUGUACAGUGGGGUUGCAAAGGACUCGAAGGAGGCAGUGACCAUUAUCAUCAACCACUUCAGCAAACCCAAUCUCCGUCUCCCACCAGCGUCAGUCCCUAACCACUCUGAUUACCUCGAGUGGAAAGAUCUCACGGAGAAAAUGGCCCACGCCCAUCCGCGAACAUACAUGAAGCUCUCCGGGGCACUAACAGAGCUACCACCGCUAGAUGCCGAGUCUGAAUUUGACAUCCCUGCCCUGGUGGAGCGGCUCAAGCCCUGGACAGAUGCGGUGUUUGAUGCAUUCGGCGCAGAGCGAGUGAUGUUCGGUUCAGACUGGCCGGUUUGCAAUACCGGUGGCAGCGGUGAUGUCGCAUGGAAUCGGUGGCGGCGUAUAGUCGAGGGGAUUUUGGAGAGAAGGGGGCUGUCCGAGGAGCAAAAGAAGGGUGUUUGGGGAGGAGUGGCCGUGGAGGCCUACGGUAUUCAACUAUAA